AGCUUGAAAGCUGAGAGCUUCAACAUUCGCUCGCCGAAAAGUUACUCACAAAGUGCCAUCCCCCCCCUUGGUGUCCCAGAUGCUUUCGCGUUCUUCAAAAGGUGUCGCGGGGCUUCUGAGCUGCCCGAUAACCCCUUCCUGCAGGAAAUGCUCGUCACCAUCGGCCCUUCGACUACGCGACGUUUUUGUCCGGUCCCAGCAUACGGACGGCGGCGAACCAGAAAAUGAUAGCCCAGAAAGCACAGAAAGCACAGAAUAUCGACCACCCCGAUACAGACGCAGGUUAAAGCAUCUGACAAAACCAAGAAGGGAGAAAUUUGACAAGGUACCGAUCGAUGUGUCUUCCUUGGGAAAUCCUGGUGAAGUAGUUGUCGUACCGCAUCCAAAACGUCGCCGCUUUCUCGACUUGAAAGAUUCGAAAGAGCACACCGACGAAAAAACGAAAGAUGCACUGCCGUUUAUGCUGUAUGAUAUAGAGAACACCGAAGACAUCCUCGAUAGCGAUCUAAUUACGGAGCGAAUCGAAAGUUUCCGCACGCCUUAUCGUCCGGGAGAUAAAUUGAGUACUGCCGAUUGGGAGAAUCUUCGGUCAGAUGUCCAGACGUCGUUCACAAUCCAGCAACUGUCGGACUACAUUGAGCAGUUUAAGGCAGACGGCGCUGUGCCGGAAGAGGGACUAGUACUUGAUGGAGGACCAAAACUUGCACAAUGGAGGCCGGGUACUUCGGCGUUUUAUGAAACGGAGUCGGCCCCCCAGGUGGGAGCCGCUAAAAGAGUUGCCACUUCGCUAGAUCUCAGAGGCAAGUAUCUGCUCACUGAGCGGAUACUCCGCGAUUGCUGGCACCUUGGGCUCAUUGGCGAAGUCGGUCAGCUGGAUAUUCGUCUGCCCGCCCAUACACUGUCGUUAUUUUUACACUCCGAACACUUUUCCUUCGAGGAACUCGCUGGCCUUCACGAUGCGAAGAUUGAUAUCACCCAUUCGCUUGGCCUUGUUCGCAUCACUGGAAAGCUGCAUUCUUGUGAAUUCAUCCGUGACAUCAUAUACGACGCCACGACCAGGAUACGAGAGGAGGAUCUUGAACUGUACCCUCCCGGGGCCAUCCCAAAAGGCAAAAACCGUGUUUUCACUGCCGAUUUCUUGUCAUGGGUCAGCAUGACUUACGGUGUCUCAUUCGACCUGACCUCCACUACGCCAACCAAGAUGUUCUACCUUGUCGAAAACAAGCCGAAAGCAGAGAGUGCUCGGAGGACACUGAAUCUGGCAAUUCACGAUGCCACACAGCCUCCGAUACCAUUCGGCACUUACAUGGCAGCCUCAGAGCCCGUCGACACCUACGACAUCAACCCGGAACUCAAUGUAUCAUGGUUUGAUCGACAGAAUACAUGGUUCCGCUGGGCCGUACCAUCGGCGCAAACAAUCUCAUCAAGCAUGUCAGACACACCAUUCUUCAAUCAACACGAAACGCGCCUAUCAGGCGAACUCCUCAAACUUCUGCGCGCAAGAGCUCGCACCAAGAUCGGUAACGCCGCAGCCCACGAGAGCAUAACAGCAGCAGUCGGCCGGUGUCUCUUCCAGCACAAGCCGUUCGAAGGAAAGGCCAUCACCGCCGCCCAACUGGGCAAACUGGCACCUCCGCGGACCUUCACAACCGACAUUCCCCGAGUAAUCCCGUUCCUGCACCAGCUCGCCGCAGACUACCCAGAGGAAGAAAUCCAACCACACCGUCUCCGCCUAGUCCCAUCCGCAGUCCACGCAAACAUAUUCCCCCAGCUCGAGCUCGAAAUCGCCAUAGCCCCAGGAGGCUUCGAGUCCGAAUACAACGUGCAAAACGCCAAAGCAAUCCUAUCCCAAAGCAGCGUCGACUACCUCCUCCCCGAAUGCAGCCUCGAUCUCCGCUUCACCCGACAGUUAACCCACGAUGUACUGGACAGCUUCGGCGAGGACGGUCCCCUGGUACCACUCCAGGACUCCCUGCGGGACUUCUUCUCCAAAGCGGUGAUCUACGAGGGCGAGACUCCUCUUCCGGCCUUUUCUCAGCUCUCAAUCCCCAAUCAUCUCUUGGUUGAGACGGGCGAAGAACGCGAUCCCGAUGGCUUCACUACGGCGGAGUACAUGUAUCUGCCUGUCAACGAUUUCCGAGGCACGCGUCUCCAUCAAUAUGAUUAUGAGGGCCACAGACUUAACUACUCUUUCUACGAGAGUGGGCCUUUUAGUUCUCAUCGUACGACGGAUAUCUUCUUGGAUAUGGAUGUGGCUGGCUCGUCGGAACAGAAUGCUGACUCCCAGGAACCUGUCCAGCGAGAGUUUAGUUCUUUCUAUAAAGCGGCCUGCUCUUUGGCGUUUGACUUGGAUAAAUCCGGUCGUGCGAUGUGAGAUGGAUGAUGUGAUCGCUAUAUGUAUAUGUAUAUUACUUAGAUUUUUCUUUUCCACGUGGGCCGUUGUAC